AUGGAAUUUUCACCAGAGGUCCUAGAGGUUCUUUCAGACACAAUCUCGGUGAUCACUUCGCAGGAUUUGAUUCUCACCAGGGAAGAAUCGAGUCAAAUUAGAUACCAACACUUAUCCUCCAUAAUUGAUGCCAUGGGUGAAGCGUCAACAAAGUACUCUCCUAUUCUGGAGGAACACGAUACAUAUGACAUCGGAAAUGCCGGAGUGAAACGUUUCGAAGGUGUGACCUUAGCAUACGCUACGAUAUCGCAAAAAUCUUCAAAGGGAAAUUUGACUAGUGAGUAUACGCUAGGCAUCGAUUAUAGAGCGCAGGCGAAUCAAUAUGAAUUAUCCGGUGGUCACGACGUGGAUCAAGAUUGGAUUAAAGAGGUUCGCGUCAAUGUAAGCGGGAAAACUCGUGGUAAAAUCGUGCCACGUUUUCAACUUCAUAAUUGGAACCAAAUGGAUUAUCAAUAUAUGAUUAAUGAUGAGGUGCACUCCCUCGUCAACGUGUUAUCCACGGAAUGCAGAAAUCGGGGAUUUGACGGAAUGGUUCUUGAGGGGUGGUAUCCAGGGUUGCUCAGAGAUUUCAUAAGAAAUUUAGGAAAUGAAUUGCACAAAUUUUCACGGGAACUCAUCCUAGUAUUGUCGCCAAGGAAUUCGCUAACGGCAGCGCAAUAUGAGGAUUUCAGCCAGUUCGUGGAUUUCUUCUCGGUGAUGACAUACGAUUAUUCACAGCAGAACACACCCGGCCCAAACGCACCUAUAAGAUGGGUAGAGGAUACCAUAGUAUCAUUUACCCCGACGCCAAUCGAUCGUGGUAAAUUAUUGUUAGGCUUAAAUAUGUAUGGGGUAGAUUUUUCUAAUGGGCAGAUGGAGUUUAUAGUAGGAAGCACGAUUAUCAAAAAAUUAAAACAACACAAACCUAGAAUGAGAUGGGAUAAAAUCUUUGAGGAGCACCGUUUUCAAUAUCAAGAGAAUGGGAUAUCUCAUGAAGUCUGUCCAUCAAGUCUAGACUCAAUUUGGCUGAAGAUUACGGCACAGGACUAUCACUCUGGGAGAUCGGUCAGGGAUUAG